AUGCAAGGAGGAAUUCGAGCAAUCUUCUCACACAGGAAUGUGCUCAAGAAUGCGAUUCUUCAUCAUGUGCGUGUGGUCCCUCCAGCAACGCGGUCUCUUAUGUUUACACGCCAUGAAUCGACCUCAGCUGCUCGCAUUGAAGAGCACGGUUUUGAGAGCACCAAGAUUUCAGACAUUCUGGCAGCCAAAGGGAAGGGUGCUGAUGGGUCCUGGCUCUGGUGCACAACCGAUGACUCCGUCUAUGAUGCUGUGAAGUCGAUGACUCAGCACAACGUUGGAGCUCUGGUCGUCGUUAAACCAGGAGAGCAGAAGGCAAUUGCUGGAAUCAUAACAGAACGAGAUUACUUGAGGAAAAUGAUUCUCCAUGGAAGGUCAUCCAAGUCAACGAAGGUCGGGGACAUUAUGACUGAGGAGAACAAACUCAUUACAGUAACGCCAGACACUAAAGUUUUGAAGGCAAUGCAGCUGAUGACAGAUAACCGCAUCAGGCACAUACCGGUGAUCAACGACACUGGAAUGAUCGGAAUGGUGUCCAUAGGAGACGUCGUGCGCGCGGUGGUGAGCGAGCACCGGGACGAGCUAAACCGCUUAAAUGCUUUCAUACAAGGAGGGUACUAGUUGACGAUGAGCGAGUGAUUUUCUCUUGCCGUGUCCAAGUUGAGGGACCUAAGUAUUGUAAAUAUUCUUGCUUUCUGCAUCUUCUGCUGUGUCUUGAGUAUGUUAUAUGCCUCAGGAUGAGACCUAUCAGCUGAGACUAAUAAUGUGCAGAAAGCUACUUUCUUGCCUUUGUUUGUCACUCAAAACCCAUCUUUUCAUGAAUCUUUAGAUGGUUCUUUUGUUGUUAAAAUGUCUGGUUUUUAUU